AUGGACUACAAAUCUGAUAGCAACAAGAUUCAACCACAAAAGGAAGACAGCAUGAUGGAAGAACAGCAGGCAACAGAGCCAAAUGAAUCUCACAUCUACAAAAAGGGGGGAAGAGGAAGAGGGUUCAGCAGACCCUCUUCUCAGCUAUCUCAGGCAUCAGGACAAAUCUCACCUAGACCGGGCUCGAACAUGUCAUGCUCAACGUCCACCUCUAUGUCGCCGUCAGAUAAUCUACGAUUGGUAACUGAAAAAUUGUCAUUCAGAUUAAGAGAUACGGAAAACAGGCAAAUUCGAACUGGGCAGGAGGAGGAUCAACACCAACCGAAUAAAAGAAACCUUUCAGGAACCUCUUUGAGUCCGGGAAAAUCUCCAAAUACGCAAAGAGGAAACAAAAAGAAAUUAAAAAAUAGCAAGGAUUCUCACGACAGAAAUAAUAACAAUAAUAACAAUAACAAAAACAUUCAACAGGAUUUUCAUCGAAAUCAAGUAGCUCCCAUACUAGAACAAAACACACAGACAAACUCCGCAGAUGCUAAUCAAACGGAGCCAUCUCCCUUCAGGUCUGCGUUCACACAGAGGCCCAACCCAGCUAAUCCAGGAGAUAAACCAGAAUUGGAAACGAAUCUGGAAUUACAGAAAUAUGCUGCGGACGCAAGGAGGGGAGGAAGCGCUCAAACCAGGUGUGUUCCCAGUUUGGAAUGGACAGCCCUGGAUUAUUUACAACCCAUACUUGUCCAAUUGGGAACGGUGGUCUAG